AUGACGCCCUCUCUCCCAAUCGAGACUGCUGGACAGCGGGGGGAUGUGGAAAAUCAGCUCGGAUGUGAAGUGCCGGUGCCGAUCGAAAUCGAAGGGGAAAACAAAGCCACUGUUCCAGGAUUUCCGUCUCCGAAUGCUUCGGGCACCAGAAAACAUGACAAAAAACAUGCCUCGGCAGGGCAAGGAGCAGGAACGAACUCUGCAACAAAGGAGGCACAAGAGGACUCCUACCAAGAACAAGUCUCGGAUGACAUUGUUGUUGGUGCUGCGCUGGUUCCACCCCCUGACGUCGGUCUGCAACCGUGGCUGCAAGUCAUAGUCGGGCACUUCCUCAUGUUCAACAGCUGGGGUCUGGUGGUCUCGUACGGCUCCUUCCAGACAUAUUACACCACCCAAAUCGCCCACAGCAACAGCUUUCCGCUGCAAAGUGCAUCCAAGAACGCCUCGGCCAUCUCCUGGAUCGGAUCCAUCCAAAACACCCUCUUGCUGGUCGGCGGAGCGUUUGGGGGGAAGUACUUUGACGCCGGGUACUUUCGCCAAAUGCUCGGCCUGGGCACGUUUCUCGUCGUCUUCGGCACCCUGAUGACCAGUCUGGUCAAGGAGUACUACCAAGCGGUCCUGGCGCAGGGCGUCUGUGUCGGACUGGGCAUGGGGAUGCUGUUGGUCCCGAGCGUGGCCCUGCCGAGCACCUGGUUCCACAAACGCAGAGGACUGGCCGUUGGGAUCGUGAGUUCUGGUGCGUCCUUGGGGGGCAUUGUCAUCCCCAUCGGACUGAGGCACAGUAUCUCGUCUGUGGGGUUCGGGUGGGCGGUGCGCAUUCUGGCGCUGAUGUCGCUUGUUACCCUGCUGGUGAGCAACCUGUUGAUCCGGCAACGGCUUCCACCCAGACCGGCUAAGGGGGCGCGGUUCAUCGAGUACCAGGCGCUGCGGGAACAGAGAGAGUUUGCCAUCUGGGUCGCUGGCCAGUUCAUCACGUACUUUGGCUUCUUUGGCUUCUACAACUACGUCGAAGCCUGGGCAGAGUCGAUCGGCCUGAACCGCCAUGCCUCGGGCGGUGGGUUCCCGCUCGAGUACUUGCUGCCGGUGCUGAAUGCGGCGAGCAUCCUCGGCCGUCUGAUCCCGUGCUUCAUCGCAGACUAUACCGGGCCGUUGAACAUACAGGGCCCCUCGCUCUUUGUCACGGCCCUGCUCGUCUUCGUCUGGAUCCCGUGCCGGACGAUCGGCAGUUUGCUCGCCAUCACCGUCCUGUACGGGUUUUUCUCCGGCGCAGUCAUCGCCACGCCGCCCGCGGUGGUGGCCAGCAUGACGGAAGACCUGCGCCGGUUUGGAGGGAGGAUGGGCGUCAUGUUUUUGACCAUGGCUUGUUCGUCGCUCGUGGGCCCACCCGUCAUGGGUGCAAUCAUCGAAAUGCAUGGCGGGUCGUACGAUGCCGCAAAAGUGUACGCUGGGUCUAUGAUCAUGGGUGGAGCGGUGCUUGUGUGGGUGUCGAGGGUGUCAAAGACGGGGUUCAGAGUACUCGUUAAAGCAUGA